UCGGCUUACGAGGAACACAUAGUUGUUUCCCGAAGUUGUCCCGACUAGAAGCCCAACUUUGGAUGUCAUGUUCAAGUCACAUUUGCCUGUGUUUUACCUUUGUGUCUGCCUGGUGAUCCUUACAGCGUUUGGCAGGCGCAAUCGUCCGAGAGACGAAGAUCCUUUGUUAGUGUGUCCGCAAACUGUCGGUUGCAUCAAGGGCACUUAUAUGGAUGGUUAUCAAACGCAAACAUUUCACGCAUUCAUGGGAAUCCCCUAUGCCAAGCCACCUUUAGGGCCACUAAGAUUCAAGAGCCCUCAAAAGAAACCAAAAUGGAAUGAUAUUUAUGAUGCUACUAAUCUCAAAGCAGUAUGCAUAAAAAAACUUGUGAUACCCGCUCCAGUAAUACAAGGAGAAGAGGAUUGUCUUUAUUUAAAUGUCUACAGACCAUCGCUGUAUUCGCCAGAUCUUUUACCCGUAAUGGUCUAUAUCCAUGGCGGUGGUUUCUUUAGUGGAUCAUAUUCUCCCCUAACCUCUGGAGCGCAGUAUUUUAUGGAUAGCGAAUCGGUAAUCUUGGUAACAGUCAGUUAUAGAUUGGGACCUUUGGGUUUUUUGUCCACUGGAGAUGACCAUAUGCUUGGUAAUUUUGGGCUAAAAGAUCAGAAUUUGGCAUUAAAGUGGGUUCGCGAGAAUAUAUUCGAUUUUGGUGGCGACAGUCAGAUGGUAACCUUAUUCGGUCAUGGAUUUGGCGGCAUUGCCAGCCAUUUGCAUUUAUUGAGUCCGAUGUCAAGGGGACUUGUCCAUAGAGUGAUUAGCAUGAGUGGCACAGCGAAUGCUCCUCAUGCCAUGAACAAAAAUCCACUGGCACAAGCUCGUAGAACUGCGGAAUUGUGUGGAAUUCCAAAUGCAUACACUAUAAGUACGGCCGAGCUCACUGAGGCACUUAGAAACGUUGAUGCAGAAACAUUAGUCAAUACAGAAGAUGGUGUUAAAUUUUGGUAUGGAGAUCCAUUUUCCGCUUACCGUCCAGUAGUAGAGCUUAAAAGAACGGACGCCUUUCUAACAGAUGAUCCAGAAGUGAUUAUGAAAGAAUGUCACUAUCCAAAAAUACCUUGGCUUCUGGGAACCGUCCCCAAUGAGGGAGCCGUGCGUGUUGCCAAUAUUAUUGAAAAUGCCACAUUAUUCGAUGCGUUCAAUGCGCAAUUCGAUUAUAUACUUGAAGAUUUAUUGGAGUGGCCCAGUCGGUUUACUAAAGAGCAGAAAGAGCAGAAGACAAAGAUGGUCGUAGAUAGAUACUUAAAUGGUGAUCAUAAACUAACAAAAAGCCGUCAAGCAGCCUUUAUGGAUAUAAUCACCGACAGAAAUUUUAAACAUCCUCUCUAUAAAGCCGUCAGAUUGUUUACUGAAACAAAUAAUCCCAUAGAAAAUCGUUACUUUAUGUACAAUUUCAACUACAAAGGUCCUAUUAGUUAUUUCUCGGUUUUUAGCUAUGCAAAUACGUCCAAAAAUUAUGGAGUCGUUCAUGGCGAUGAUUUGCUUUAUCUGUUUCAAAGACAUCUCGCAUUUCCCGAAUUUAAUAGAAGGUCCUAUGAGGCCAAGGUAAUCGAAUCGCUUGUGAAGUAUUUCGUAAAUUUUGCCAAAUUCGGGUUUCCAGCCGAUUUUCCGCAACUUAGAUUUUGCACCCUACAAGUUUUAGACGAAUGGCCUAUAGAAAUUUGUGAUUAUCAUGAAUUUGUGGACAGUUCUUCGGAUCCAAAUAAAUUUACAGUUCGAAAAAGUUCCCGCUAUCGAAAAAAGGAAUAUAAAUUUUGGAUGGAAUUAUUAGAAGAAUAUAUGCUACGAUUAAAUUUACUUUUUUACUUUUGUCUGUGUCAUGUGUUUGUGGCAGCGUCAGUUAGAUCCAAGCGUCGAUCCGAGGACGAGCUUUUGGUGUGCCCGACAAGUGUUGGUUGCAUCAGGGGCAUUCUUUUGGAUCGUUAUCAAACGGGAAAAUUUGAGGCAUACAUGGGCAUACCCUAUGCAUUGCCACCUUUAGGAAUACUAAGAUUCCGAAGCCCCAUUAAGAUGGUCAAACUUCCUUUUGAAAUUGAUGGUACUGAUGCCAAAGCAGAUUGCAUUCAAAAGAAUCAUCUUUUACCUAACCCAGUAAUAGAAGGGCAAGAGGAUUGCCUUUAUUUAAAUGUCUACAGACCAGUGCGACGUCAUGAACUCUUACCCGUAAUGGUUUAUAUACAUGGCGGUGGUUUCUUUAGCGGGUCGGCUGGUCCAGCAAUGACUGGACCAGAGUAUUUCAUGGAUACAGAGACGGUAAUUUUGGUCACAAUGUCUUAUAGAUUGGGAGCUUUGGGUUUUCUCUCUACUGGAGACAUCAAUAUGCCUGGUAAUUACGGUCUCAAAGAUCAGGAAUUGGCAUUAAAAUGGGUCCGAGAUAACAUAGCCUAUUUCGAUGGGGAUCGGAAUAGGGUGACCUUAUUCGGUCAUGGUGCUGGUGCCGUUGCCACACAUUUGCAUUUAUUGAAUCCGUACUCUAAGCAUCUUUUUCAUAGCGUUAUUACUAUGAGUGGCACGGCUAAUGUUCCUUUUGGCAUUACCAAGAAUCCUUCGGCACAAGCACGACAAACUGCAGAACUGUGUGGAAUCCCACAUGCAGAAUCUAUAAGUCUAGCAGAGCUUACCGAGGCCCUCAGGGAAAUCGAUGUAAUAACAUUAAUCAAUGCCAGUGACGGCCUUAAAGAAUGGGAUGUAUAUCCUUUGAUCAACUACCGCCCGGUCGUAGAACCUCCGGGAAUCUUAGAGUCAAUCGUUAGCGCUGAUCCAGAAAAGCUAAUAAGAGAAGCGAAAUAUGAAAAACGACCUUGGCUUCUGGGAACUGUCCCCCAAGAAGGUGCUGUGCGAUUUGUCAACAUUUUGGAAAAUACCAGAUUACUUAAUGAGUUCAAUAACCGUUUCAAUUAUUUAUUUGAACAAAUGAUGGAGUGGCCCAACCGGUUCACUCCAAGUGAGAGAAAGGACAAAACAGAAUCAGUUGUAGUCGAAUACUUAGAGGGAGUUUAUUUUCUAAACAAUGGAACAAAACAGGGUUUUAUGGACUCGAUCACCGACAGAGGUUUCAAACAUCCUCUCUAUCAAACCAUCAAAAAAUAUGCUACAAGCAAGAAUGCAGAGAGAAUUCGUCAAUACGUAUACAGCUUCAAAUAUAAGGGUCCUAAGAGUUAUGCCUCCCUUUAUAACCAAGCAAAUGUGACCGGAAAAUAUGGAGUUGUUCAUUCCGAUGAUUUGCUAUAUUUGUUUCGUAGUCCUAUUUUAUUUCCCGACUUUGAUAAGCAGUCCGAUGACGCAAAGGUGAUCAAAUCGUUUGUGAAUUUAUUCGUAAAUUUUGCCAAAUUUGGACAUCCUGUCGACGUCCCAAAGACCGAAGUUUGCUCCUUACAAGUUUUAAAUUCACGACCCAUUGGUAUUUGUGAUUAUAUUGAAUUCGUGAAUAGUAAUUCGGAUCCAGAUGGAUUUAGAGUACAGAAAAAUUCAGAAUAUCCAACCGAGAAAAUAAAAUCAUGGCAAGUGAUUUUAGAGGAAGCACCAUAAGCAUUAAAGCAAGUCAAAUAAACUGCACCAAACAUGGAAAUUAAAAAACUACAGGCGAUAGACCUUAAAGAAAUUGCAAGAAAAUCUCGAUUUCAUACUUAAAUGAAGAUUUUAUGACACACUAAAAAGUUAGCAAACAAUUGAUUCCCAUUUUAACCAACAAGUUGUGACAUAUCUGAGAAGCAAUUAUAGAAGAAAUGGUACCUGAAUUUCUCAUACAGAUACAUUUUAAUAUACAGAAGUUUUCUAACA